AUGGUCCAGUACAUCCUGACGCCAUGGCGCGAUCGCCGCGAGCUGCUCAAGGUUCGCCAGCAAUUUUAUCCUGCCGCCCCGCCGUCCGCGGCCUCAGCGUCUUCAGCAGCAACAGCACCCGCGCCCGCACCCGCAUCCGCGUCUGCACUACCCACGGCACCAUCAAUACGAGGAGCACCAGCGCCAGCACCGCCCUCAGCAACGGGAGCGCCGUCCUCGCAACACCACCAGCACAGGACUGGCACGACGAGCGCCAUCAGCGGCAGCAGCUACUCUAGCGUCGACAACGACGGGCUCCUGGCGGCCCAGCACCAUGCCGUCGCCAGAGUGUCAAUGUGGAUGCAGCGCGGCAACUGCCCGCACAUGGUCGAGUCGACGGCCCUGCUGACGGCCGCCAUCCUGAGCGACGGGGAGAGCAAGGGCAGCGCCGGCACCUACGCCGUCCGCGCCGCCUACGCCGCCGCCUUUAGCCGGUACGUUCUGUUGUCUCUCUGUCUCCGUCCAACCUAG